AUGUCACAUUCAGGGCAUGGUAGCGGAGGGAGUGGCCUUUUUCCUGUCCCUGAAGAUACCUACUUUGCAAAGAUCUACUGGAUGUUCGUUGGCGGGGCUAUAGGUGUCGGAGUAUUCGUGCAUAUGGGGGAAUUAUUGCUCUACCGUCAGAGGCUCGCUCUUCCCGAACCGGCCAGGCCGAAGAACCCUCUCAUCAGGUGGUAUGCGACCCUCACUGCGACAACCCGGGAAGCGGUAUACUAUACCGCCCCGUUAACAGAUGCUCGGGGAAAGCUAUCAAGUGCGGAUUCCAAUAUUUUGUGGAAAAGGGCGCCACCGUUGAAUUUCCCACAGUUUGGCCGUGUCUUGCUCAUUGCUGCGAAUCUCGCCUUGCUGUUAUCGCUCAAUUUCUAUGGCUGGGAUGUGAAUGACAGGCGGAAUUGGGAGGCUAUGGCUGUGCGUACCGGCUGGAUUACUGUUGCUCAACUACCCUUGGUGUUCCUGUUGGCUGGAAAGAGGAAUCUGAUCGGGUACGCUACCGGUACUUCCUACGAGCGAUUGAACUGGAUUCAUAGAUGGGUUGCACGGUGCAUGUUCAUUACCGCUACAAUCCAUUUGGGCUACUUUUUUCGGACGUGGGGCCGAUAUGACUAUAUUGGACGCAAACUUGAGAUUGACAUCAUAUCUCGUCGAGGGCUAGGUGCUUGGUGUGUACUACUGUGGAUCACAUUGUCGAGUUUCGCUCCCAUUAGAGGAUGGAUAUAUGAGCUUUUUGUUGCCCAGCACGUAAUUAGCUUCAUUGGCUUUAUCGUUAUGGUUCGGCUGCACACUCCAGAGAAGGCGCAUGUCUAUGUUUGGGUACCCGUGGCCAUUUUCUUCACCGACCGGGCUUUGAGGAUACUAUAUAUGUUGUACGCUAACCUGGCCAUCUUUCACCCAGGAAGGCGGCGGGGACCCUCCGGGCUCUUCACCUGCAAUGCCACUUUUCAUGCGCUGUCGGACAAAGCUACAAAAGUAGUAAUACUCGACCCGCCGUUUAACUGGAAUCCGGGACAGCACGCGUUUGUCUCCUGCCACUCGCUUGUACCACUGCAAUCCCACCCGUUUACAAUUGCGACCCUGCCCUCAGAUAAUUCUCUGGAGUUUGUGAUCCGGACCCAGAAGGGUGGGACCGAGAAGUUUUCCGACCAUGCAUGUGUGUUGCCGGUCAAUAGAGAUAAAUCGAAGACUGUUAUCAUCGAUGGCCCCUACGGUCAGGUCCGUCCACUAGAGCAAUUUGACUCAGUUUUUCUGUUAGCAGGAGGUGCCGGUGCUGCUUUCAUCAUCCCGCUACUGAAGGACCUUGUCCGGUUGAGAAGGGAGUCGAAACCGAUGGUGACGAGAAAAAUCAGACUUGUCUGGGUUGUUCGGAGCAGUACCCAGAUCAGUUGGUUCGCAAAGGAGAUUGCGGUUGCGAUGGGGACACUUGGGGAGUUCGGCGGACUAAUUCUGGAAGCGAGUGUUUAUGUCACUUGUCGUGAUUCGUUAUCAGCGCCAUCGUCGAGCCCCCCCAGCCGGAAUGGAUUUCUUGAUGUAGCAGAUUUAAGAGCAAUGUCUACCGAGAAAGCUGAGGUCGUUGCAGAUUUAAAAGCAAUGCCCACUGAGAAGGCUGAAGUCGGGGCAGUAGAAGGGAAUGAACUCUGCAAUGGCGGUCACUGCUGUUGUCAAGAGGUCCUCGAAGACGAAGACGCCAUUGUCGAGGCCAGCAGAUCCGGUGGGAAGAAGCAAGUCUGUAGCUGUUGCUCGCAGCCCACCGUGCCUCAUCCAAAUAUACCGGAAAUGAUGGCGGACACAGACCCCGCCGGGAUGCAGACUCGGGAUUCUACUUCUUCGAAGAAUAGAAUUGCCCCACCGCCUCACCUACCGCCGGAGCAUGUGUUUUCCGGCCGACCCGCUAUCGAGGUUCUCAUGAACAAGGAGCUUGAGAAGGCACUUGGGGAGAGCGCAGUGGUGGUAUGUGGCCCAGCGGAAUUGAUUGAGAAGACGAGGCAGGUUGUUGUUGCGCUUAGCGAUGAGAGGGCGGUGCACAAAGGGACUGGUGCACAAGGCGUGAGUUUAUCUCUUCCCAUAAUCGUCUGUUUAGUUGCCUAUUAG